UUUUCACCUUCCAGGUUAAUGUUCGUGAUUGAUGUAAUUAUAAUUGUUUCAAAAUGCCUUGCUACGGUGAUCGUCAGUAGUACUCGUCUGUAUGUUGACCGCAUCUCCUCAAGAACGCGAGCACAUGAUCUAGAACGUCUCUUCAGCCGAUACGGGAGGUUUCUGGGCGUUUACCAGACCUGGGGGACUAUGGUGUUGGGAUCAGCCUUGCUGGAAUUGGUGGAAAUUCUUGCACUUUGUAUAGGACACUUUGGUGAUUCUUUCUGUAGUAUUCUUCUGCGUUUCAGUGGAAAUGGCAACAAUCUCAAACCGAACAGGAGAUGUGGAUAUGAAGAUGACUUCGCCUUUGUAGAAUUUAGUGAUCCCUGAGAGGCUAAUGAUGCAAGGUAUAGUUUGGAUGCUUGGGACUUUGAUGGAAGUCGUAUUAUUGUUGAGUUUGCAAAGGGGUUGAGUUUUUAUUUACUUAUUCUUUUAACAUUCUUGAAUCGAACUUUUCUGCUAGAUUUAAGUUUUUUUGUUAUAAAUGCCUGCAUGAAUUUGAUCUGUCUUUUUGUUUGAUGUUGGUUAGGUACCAACAGGUCCUUGAGAACAUCUAGGAGUGAUCCCCCUCCUGGAUCUGGUGGCUGCUUUAAUUGUGGUAUUGAUGGCCAUCAGGCCCGAGAUUGUAAACCUGGGGACUGGAAGAACAAAUGUUAUCGUUGUGAAGAAAGAGAUCACAUAGAACAAAACUGGAAGAACAGUCCCCGAAAGCUAAAGUCUCCAGCAAGGAAAGAGUAAAGUUUUGAGCAUGGAGAUAGAUUACAGAGCCCUGAGCCCAAGAACAGCCCUCCUCUCUACAAGGUGAGGAAGCGCAGUCCAACACCUGGUGGAGGCAGUAGUCUGCAUAAAACAGGUAGCGCUUCUCCACAAAAUGGGAAAUUGACUGCUCAUGAAGGUAAGGCCAGUUACGGCGGUAGUCCCAGGGGAGUGAGUAGGAGCCCUGCUAGUCCUGAUAGAGAUGCAAGCCCUGUCAGAAGGCAGUACCAAAGCCCAUCUGAUGCCCAAUGUUGGCAGCUGAAGUCCCAGUCCAAGAUACUAUAAUAGUCCCGUUGAUGAAUAUGAUGAUCUACUCACACCUCCCAUAUCAUCUGUAAUACCACCCCCGAUUUAUUUCUUUCCAAUUCGUCAUGUUCUUAAAAACCAUAUGUGAUAAGAUUCGUUGACUAUGUUAUAAUUUCUGAAACUUCAUUAAUUUUGAAUCCUGCAUCAUUUUACAGUGCGCAGUUGUAAAACAUGUCGUGCAGAUGUAUUAUGCAAAGCAAUUGCACAACCGUGACUCUCCCCCUGAAAGCGAUCUUUUCUGGUUUUGUCUCAUACUGCUAAAUAUCUUGUGUACUCUCAGAAUCCAAAAUUUCAAUCUAUAAAGCUCAUCUCAGUUCGAUUUCUAGCUUACAAA